AUGAAAUAUUUUCCGAUAAAACAGAUUGCGUUGUGCGCUAAUAAACUAGGAAGCGCUUUUAGUGCGAUCAAGUCAAGAUGGUCACAGUACGACUAUAUUAAUUUGGGCAAUGAAAGUAGCGACGAGGGAUCACUCAAAGAUGAUGAAGCGGGAGAUGAAUUGGCGGGAAAUUCUUCCGCUAGCACGAGUUGCGAGAGCGAUGAUGAAAACAGUGGAAAUUAUGGCGACACCGACCCUAGUGGUGGUGAAAGCUUUGACCGUGAUACAGAUUUUGCCGUCAAAUAUAAAUUCUGGGACAAUGCUGAUGACGGUAAAUGUGGUUUGCUGACACAUUCUUCAUUCUACAUGCUCCAUGAAAUGCGGCCCAAAUGCAUGAAAAAUGCAAGGGAAUGCGGUGCUAGGACCAAUAAAUGUUUUAUUGCCUGUCCUGCAGCCUUUAAGAUCCAGUGGAGUGGCUUCAUUCACAAAAUUUAG